CGUGUAGUAAACAACAGCUCUGGGAGAAAAAACUUCUGUUUUACUCACGGAGCCACACCCACAUCCGCGUUGUUCAGUGACGUCACGCCAGUGUAAAACAGGAAGCGCUAAUCUCAAGGGGCUCUGCGCUCGUCCACAGUGUCCCAGGCGGUAAAGACGUGGCUUGUGGACAAUUCGGAGAAACGAAUCGAAGAUCUGCGCUGUUUUAGCACCAGAAUGCCUGCAGGUGUGUGUGGAUGUUGUGGGCGAUGUCGUCCCCGAUACAAGCGCCUGGUGGAUAACAUUUUCCCGGAGGACCCAAAGGAUGGAUUAGUGAAGUCAGACAUGGAGAAGUUGACAUUCUUUGCCGUGUCUGCUCCAGAGAAGCUCGAUCGUAUAGGAGAGUAUCUUGCCGAGCGCCUCAGCAGGGAUGUGGUCAGACACCGUUAUGGGUACGUGGUGAUUGCAAUGGAAGCGCUGGAUCAGUUGCUGAUGGCGUGUCACUCACAGAGCAUUAAACCCUUUGUGGAGAGCUUUUUGCACAUGGUUGCAAAGUUGCUGGAAUCUAAGGAACCAGACCUGCAAGUGCUUGGGACCAACUCUUUUGUGAAGUUUGCGAACAUUGAGGAAGACACGCCUUCAUAUCAUCGGCGUUAUGAUUUCUUCGUCUCUCAGUUCAGUGCCAUGUGCCACUCCACACAUGAAGACCCAGAGACACGCACCAGGAUUCGUGUAGCAGGUAUCAAAGGGCUACAGGGAGUCGUAAGGAAGACAGUGAAUGAUGAAUUGCAGGCAAUCAUCUGGGAACCUCAGCACAUGGACAAACUUAUUCCCUCCAUGCUCUUCAACAUGCAGGACAUUGACGACUUAGAGAGGGGCGGAGGAGAGGAGAACCCUGCAUCCCUGGCCGAGAGCUGCUUUCGGGAGUUGCUCGGUCGUGCUGCAUAUGGAAACAUGAACAACGCCGUUCAGCCCGUGCUUGUGCAUUUGGAUAAUCAUCAUUUGUGGGAUCCAAAUGAGUUUGCUGUAUCCUGCUUCAAAAUCAUCAUGUACUCCAUACAGGCUCAGCACUCACAUCACGUGAUCCAGCAAGUUCUGAAUCACCUGGACACACACAAUAAGAACACGCCUCGGGUACGAGCAGGUAUCGUCCAGGUGCUGCUAGAGACUGUCGCCAUAGCAGCUAAAGGUUCUGUUGGUCCAACAGUGUUGGAGGUUUUUAACACCUUGCUCAAGCACCUCCGUAUGAGUGUUGAUUUCGAGCUAGGGGAAGGCUCUCGCAGAAACUCUGGAACGAGUGUCUCUUCUGGUCGUGGCAAAGAGAACGAGGAGCGAAUAGUCCAGAAUGCAAUCAUUCAAACUAUUGGGUUCUUUGGAGGCAAUCUGCCAGAUUAUCAGCGAGCUGAAGUCAUGAUGUUCAUUAUGGGGAAAGUUCCAGUAUAUGGGACACCUUGCCAUUCUCUGGACACCGUCAAAAUUGGACCCCAGGGUACUAAGAGGAUUCAAACGAUGCUCCUCAGUUCCCUCAUUAUGGUGACGUCUGGUUUUAAGUGUAAGACAAUGAGUGCGGGUUUGCCGGCUGCAUUUCUGGAGCCUCUAUGCUCCAUCUCUCUAAUGGAAGACAGCGAGUUGCGCCAACUGGUCCUUGAAAUCCUACACAACAUCAUUGAUCGCCACGACAACAGGGCCAAACUCAGAGGCAUUCGAAUAAUUCCUAACGUUGCAGCUCUUAAAAUAAAACGAGAGAAGAUCUCCAAACAAGAUAUAAUUUUCAUGAAAAAGUAUGGGCAGCAGUUAUACAGGCAUAUCUAUCUGGGCUGUAAGGAGGAGGACAAUGUGCAGAAGAAUUUUGAGCUUCUCUUCACUGCUCUUGCUCUGCUCACAAUAGAGCUAGCUAAUGAGGACGUCGUCAUAGACCUUAUACGCCUUUCCCUUGCUCUGCAGGAUAUGGCUUUAGAUAACGAGGAGAACAUGCCAAUGUUUAUUCGCUGUGGUAUAAUGGCACUGAUUGCGGCUUACCUGAACUUCCUCAGCCAGAUGAUUGCCAACUCUACCUUCUGCCAGCAUGUCAGCAAGGUUAUUGAGCUGAGGAAUAUGGAUGCUCCCUUCUUGUUGCCUGAGCAUGUGUUUCGAGAGAAAUGUGUGUUGCCAGCUGCUCUGGACCGUGAGGCCAGUGGCAUGUAUUUUCAGUCUGCUGAGCUUGCUGAUGCUCUUUCUGGAUCAGGAUACAAUGCAGAAAGGCUUGCAGUCCCAUAUAUACCACAGGUUACAGAUGAAGACCGGUUGACUCGGAGGAAGAGUUUUGUGGACACUAUCUCACUCCAGGUGGACAUCCUGUCCAACAGCCUUCCUGAUCAGUCACAGUUAGCAGAAGAGAUUACCUACGAGACUCUGAAGAAGGCCAUUGACACCACUGGUUUGGAAGAGCAGGAGAGAGAAAAGAGGCGGCAGGUGAUGGAGAAGUUCCAGAAAGCUCCGUUUGAGGAAAUUGCGGCCCAUUGUGAAUCAAAGGCGAACAUGCUGCAUGAUCGCCUGGCUCAGAUCUUUGAGCUGACUAUCCGCCCACCACCGAGCCCAUCCGGCACAGUGACUGUGACAUCAGGCCAUACGCAGUACCAGUCUGUGCCUGUCUACGAGAUGAAGUUUCCUGACCUCUGUGUCUACUGAGCCUCAAGCUUAACUGUAUCACUGUUCACUCUCACCUUUAACCUUUCCCUUUACCAGAUCACCACCCACUUUGAUCUUCAUCACCUAAUUGCAUCCAUGCACCUUUUCACACUAAGCAUUCACCUUUAAGCAGACCAGCACUGUAAACUUUAUCCCCCCAAUAAUUCACUUAAUCUAAAGCACUAAACUGUCCCUUGUUUUUAAAUCAUUAUUUCAAUUCAAACCUAUAAAUAAUGCAAUAAUUAAUGAUCCCAAUAACUGUAAGUAGCUAUGGAAUUGUACUAGUCAUGUAGUGUGCGUGUGUGCGCGCGUUUGUGUGCGCAUGCGUGUGUGUGUGCGCAUGUGCGCGUUUGUGUGUGCGUGUUUGUGCGCGUGCGUGUGUGUGUGUGUGCGUGCGUGUGUGUGCGUGCGUG